CACAAAAGAGCUACCUACGACGUUUUUUGUUGCACGUCAAGCGGUGAUUCCAGCCUGGAUUUUUACAGAAUUAACUUUUCUGAUUUCAACUCGAAGCUAUUCACCAUUUGUGUGACAAAUUGUUCAAGGUCACAAAGGUGUAUGUAUCUCUGGGAAUACUCCAAUUUCAAAUCGACGCGUAUAGAUCAGUGACCACCUCCCGGACGACGAUAAAACUUCGCAAUUCAUGACUGGAAGUACUGGCAAAGAAACUGAAACAGUUAAAGAUCAAACAAUAGAAAACAUGAGGAGGAAUUGUGUUUCAAGGGCGUUGUCUUUAGACCAAUGUGGUCCGAGAGAGACAGACUAAUCUGCUCCUAGACUUCAAAAUUCUUUUUGUUUUCGGCAAGAAGCAGAGUGUUAUCAAGGCUAUGUAUUAUAACUCAAGCCAGUAUAAACCAUAAUUCAUUCAGACUUGCGUAACAAAUCUAUGUGAAUACAGAAAAUACCAUCGCUAGACCUAGAGAGAUCUGAAUCAGAAUCAUCGAUGAAAUAAAAAAAAGAAUCACGUUUAGAAGAGUUGCAAGAAAACAAAUGCCAAUAGAUAAUGUGUUUUGGAAGUACUCGCUUCAUAAAGGAAGUUGGAACGUUCUUGUGGUGACAUACAACUAGAACAGAAUUGUUGGUAUUGUUCUGAAAAGGCGUAAAAACUGAAAAGUUUAAAAAAGUCAAAAUGAAACUUGUUCUGCCAUAUUGAUGUAGUCGGCUCUACCAGCUCUCAAGCAGUUUCUGUGAUAUAUCUUUUUGAAAAAAACCAUAAGAAUUUUAACUUCUCUCUAGGAAUUACAAUUUAGAUUUUGUUGAUCAAAAGUAGCCUAUUUUCCCGGCUUGGGGGAAAAGGCAACGAAAUAAAUCAUAAGCUACUUCGGUCGGGACCAUGCAGUCCAAACUGAUAAGAAAUUAAAAACUCCAGUCCCUAGCUGUCAAUGACAAUGUCACUGUGAUCCACUAACGGACAAAGCUACAAACCCACGAAAAGAAAAGUGUCUCUCAAAAACGUCUCGGCUGCAGAGAUAGUACCCGAGAAAGAAAUAAGGCAAAAGAAAAGCAACUGGGUUCCCGACUGUUCGAUAUUUUGGUAGUAUUGGAACUUAUCACGGCCAUUGAAUGUCGAAAUCCAGCUCAAAGAACAAGGUGAAAGGCGCCUCGAGUUCCAGUACUAAGGAAGACUCGAACCUGAGUAACCACAAAUCAGUCAAUUCCAGCGGCACCACCGAUGGCAGUGACCCAGGGGGCAAGGUCGUUGAGAAUGGCGGCAGUGAGGAGGCGGGGGAGGGGGAGGAUGCGGUCACGGACCAGGAGCGUCAGGAGAGGGAGAAGUUGAUGAAAGUACUCAGCGGCAACAUGGAGGAUCUGCCGCCGCUCAGCUCCAAGAUUGUCCGAAUAUUUACCAGCUCCACAUUCACAGACACAACCCUGGAACGAAACAACUUGAUGGAAAAAGUGUAUCCACGGAUUAAGGAUUACUGUCGAGAAAAACACGGAUUGGAGUUCCAGGUGGUGGACAUGAGAUGGGGUGUCCGAGAUGAGGCCACGGACGAUCACAUGACCACCAAACUCUGCAUGCAGGAGAUCGUCAACUGCCAACGCGUGUCCAUGGGACCCAACUUUAUUGUCUUCCUGGGUCAGAAGUAUGGCUACCGGCCCAUCCCGGCGGAGAUUCUGGCCUCGGAGUUCGAGCUAUUGCGGGAGUGUGCCAAACAGGACCCCAACGAGGUGAAGCUGCUGGACGAGUGGUACAAGAGGGACGACAACUUUGUCCCGGCCGUAUACGUGUUGCAGCCCAUCAGCUCAAUCUUUACCAACUUCAACAACAAGAGGCACCAGCGACUGAUGGAGAACGACCAGGCGGCAUGGUGGGACACAUUCACACGACUCACCAGGAUCAUCCGGAAGGCGGCCCAAGUGCUCUUCAUCACCAAGAAGAUCGACAGGGAACAAAGACAUAACUUCUUCAUGUCAGUGUUGACGGCGAGGCUCAAACUCUCCUAAAGAAGCUUCGUGACGAGAAACUGCCAGCGAAACUGCCCGCUUCCAGCACUGCUCGCUUCACGGUAGACUGGAGCGGCAAAGACGGGAUCGAUGAGGAGCUACACAAGGGCAGAGAGGACGUGGUGGAGCAGAUCCACGAGUAUGUGAUAGGAGACAACAAGCUUCCCCUCGUGUUGUGGGGAGAGAGUGGCUGUGGGAAGACCUCUCUCAUGGCCAAGGCAGCCAGCCAGGUAGUGACGUCCUGGUUCUCCACUCCUGUGGUGAUGGCCUUGAGGUUCCUGGGCACGACCCCCGGCAGCAGCACCAUUAUUCCGCUCCUCACCUCCUACUGCCAGCAGCUCAGCAAGAUGUACGAUCAGCCCAUGGACGAGAUCCCAGACGAGCUGGCCCCACUACAGCAACACUUCAAGAAGCUUAUCAACCUUGCCUCAGCAGAAAUGCCCCUCGUGCUCUUCUUUGACUCUCUUGACCAGUUGUCUGGGGCUGAUGGCGCUCACAACUUGACUUGGAUGCCCAUCAGAUUGCCGGAUCACGUCAAAGUCAUCAUCUCUGUGUUGCCAAAUUACUACGGCCUCCUGGAUUUGCUGAGGGUGAUGAUCGAGAACGAGGAUUCCUUCAUCCAGGUCCUCCCGCUAGGGCAAAAUCUUGGUGGCACCAUAAUCAGGGCGUGGCUGGACAAAGGCAACAAGGCGGUCACGGAGGAGCAAUGGGCUCUGGUGAAUGAAGCAAUCAGCAAGUGCAAUCUUCCCCUGUUCGUUAAAUUGACGUUUGACGAGAUCUGUCGCUGGCGUUCGUACACCAAGCCGAGCCAGACGACCCUAGCGUUUACUAUCCAUGACUGCAUCAUGUUACUCUUUGAAAGGAUUGAACUGCAGCACGGCAAAACGCUGGUGUCACACGCUCUCGGCUACAUCACUGCCUCAAAGAGCGGUGUAUCGGAGCCAGAAUUGGAAGAUCUCAUUUCUCUUGAUGACAAAGUGCUCAAUGACAUUUACCAGUACCAUCUACCGCCCGUGAGGAGGAUCCCACCUCUUCUGUGGACCAGGAUUAGAAAUGAUCUCCCAGGCUAUCUGAGCGAACGGGAGGCGGAUGGUGUCAGUGUGAUAGGAUGGUACCACAGACAGUUCAUUGACGCAGCCAAAGAGAGGUACUUUCGUAACCUCAACUUCGCCAGCACAAUCCACUCAAACACAGCUGAGUACUUCUUAGGGAUAUAUGGAGGAGGCAUCCCCAAACCCUUUGAAUAUUCAGAUCUGCAGAGACAACGAUUCCACUUGGAAGAUAAACAAGGCUCCGAAGAUAGAAAAGUGCCUCCUCAACCUUUAGAGUUUCUCGACUCCAAAGGAAAAGUCAUCAGACACAAUCUGCGUAAACUUAGUGAGAUGCCCUACCAUCUGAUUCGCUCCCACCGCUUCGAAGAUCUUUACGACAAGGUCAUAUUCAACUACAACUGGCUUCACGCAAAGCUCUCCUCCAUGCCGCUGCAGUCGGUGGUCGCAGACUUUGAGGACUUGUUGAACCACGUCUACGACAAAGACGUACGGGUGAUCGCAGACGCAAUUCGUUUGUCCAGCUCCAUUCUCAGCCACUAUCCUGACAUGGUGGGUCCCCAGAUCACAGGACGCUUGUUGCCUUACUACAGCCAGAACCCCAAAAUCCGAGGCUUGAUACAACAAUGUGACUCCGAUGGACUCCGUCACUGCGCUCUGGUCUCGGCCUAUCAUUGCCUACACACACCCAGUGGGCCUCUCCAGUACUCCCUAGAGGGCCAUCAGUUUGCUCCCUUCGGCAUUCAGACGCCAGCGGAUGGUAAAAAUUUAGUGUCCGUCUCAAACAAAAUCAUCAUGUGGGACUUAGCAACUGGAGAAAUUUCCAGAAACAUAACACCCGGGAUAGAAGGCAUCAUGCAAAACUUGAAUAUCUCUCCAAAUGGUAAAUUUGCAGUCAGUUACACAAACAAUAAUCAAGUGGUGGUCUGUGCCCUCAACACCGGUGACUUUAAAAUAAUUUCUCCAAAUGUACCCAAAACUCCGGACUCUAUCAAAGGGACAAGUGUCUCGAACACACACAUCGCAGUGUGGACAGAGCAGACCUCCUGGCUUCUCUACGCCAUGGAUGGCUCAUUUGUCAGUGAAUUCAAGUCAGAACUCAAAAUGCCUGUCCUAAACGUGGACCUCAACUUUGUUAAUGAUGGUCCGUACUACACCAUCGUCAAGUCGGGGGCGGAAACUGAUACAGAAAUGGCAUUAGAGGUUCAUGACCAAUCGGUUGAUGCCUUUGAAUUCCACAGCGCCAUUGCUAUCAACAGCGCCAAGACUGUUCUCUACACAUGCAUAGAGAUCAGCGACAAUGCCGUGGCCGUGUACAAGAGAGAAGGUAAUUCCUGGAAGUACAACCGUACACUGGGAGAUAAUGUGGACAUCAUGUUCUCCUUCUGUCUAUCUGAGGAUGAGCACUAUCUCAUCGGAACUGUAGCUCUUGGGUACAAGCUGUACGACCUCCACACAGACAAGAUGAGAGAACUGAAGCUUCCCCACGGGACUCGCAACAUUCCUACAAAGAACCAGCUGACUAGCUUGGUGGUGUUCACCAAGAACAAUCAGUUUGUGGUGGCAGGGGUCCGGAAGAACCUCUACGUGUGGGACGUGAAGCAGGGCAACAUGGUCAAAGUACUCGACGCUCAUUUCGGUAGAAUCUGCGCUCUAACCUCUGUCACAACAGGAAGAAAUGCUGUCAUUUCGUCUUCGAUGGAUAAGACAAUUAAAGUGUGGAACUUUGACAAGAUUCUUGAGGAUGUGCAUCCGAUUGACCGACUAGAGCGUCCGAUCGAGACCAUUGCCUUGGCGUCAGAGUCGCCUCUGUGUGCAACCACUACGAGAAACACCGUGGCCAUCUGGAAUCUGGAGACUGGCAGGCUCGUCAAGACGUUUGUCGGCAACGCUCGCAGUGCAAUAGUGUCGCAUGCAGUGAUCACAGCCGACGGCGAGUAUGUGGUCAGUGCUGAGUCGCCAAAACUUCUCAUCUGGGACAUCUCCAAGGAAGAAGCACCGUUAGUGGAGUACUCGGUCGGGGAUAUCCAGAGCAUUGUUCUCACAGAAGAAGACACGAAAGUUGUUGUAGCUGCGAAACUCCCUGGGGGGAAAGGUCAGUGUGUGUGUUUGACAGUCCCAGAAGGACAGGAGGUUUACAAGUUUGAAUACGUCGUGAAAAAAUUCCGCAACCCUGUAAUCACCAAGGAAGGGCUGUAUCUGGCUGUUCCUUCCUCUGAUAAGAGUGGUGACGUCAUCGGGGUCUAUCACGCAAAAACCGGCGCUCGGAUGUACAAUCUACAGUUGAAGUACCAAAACUACGUCGAGUACACCCAUCUUGUCGCUAUGCCGCAUGACCCGACAUGGGUUGCAGUGGUUGAUCCGGACAAAGGAAAUAUCUUGGACUUGAAGAAAAAAGCCUUGGUGCGGGCUGUGCCUCGCUGGAACGGACAGGCGAUGCAGGACGGUAAGAUCGGCCUGUACGCACCAGCGCGGGGAGGACUUGAGCUCAUCAAUUUGAAGAGCACAAAAACAACGAAAGUUCUCAUCCCUAAGGUAGCCGAAGGCGUCUUUCAGGUCACUGCGUUUUUCACUCAGAACGACAAGCACGUUGUUUACUAUCACUCCCGGCACCGCACGCUUCGCUUGUUCCGCAUCUCUGACGGCAAGAUGCUAGCCAACUACAAAACGAGUGCUGAAGUAAAGGCAAUCGAGGGUAACGAACAGGGAACGUGUAUUGUGAUUGGUUGUCUGGAUGGAAGCCUCACAGCUCUGGCUGUGGCUGACCCCGAGGACGAGAACUGCCAAGAAAUGCUCGAGUCGCUACCGAGCAGAAACCUGACCAGGAAGUUGUCCACGAAGGAAGGGGAUGACGCAGAUGCAGACGGUGACCUCCUCAAUGCCAAGAACCCGAUGGGAGCAGCACUGCAAGUGGCCAGAUUUGUGGCCAAAGCUAGAGGCGUACAAAAGUCACGAGCGUGUGUGAUAUCUUAGAUACGUUUAGAGACUUUUCCAACACCUUGUUCAGAACGAAGAAUGGUCUGAAGAGGGCGUAUACGGCAACAAGAAAGCGACAGCGCAACAUACAGGGUCGACAACAACAAUAACAACAACAACAACAAUGUAUUGUAUUUUUGUUAGGAAAACAAUAAGCCAGGCCAGUACGCCAUUAUCCCGAAGAAAAGAUUGUCAGACAAUAUUCAAAAGAUUGACAAGAGAAAAAAAGAGGACCUAUACCGAAGCUUUGGAAAAUACCAGUGAAAAAUAGCCACAAACGUUAAUGAAACAGCACUGCUUGCCUUAGCAAUAAUGCAAAUUUCGUAGAACAUUGAGUUGAAAACAGCACACCCUAGGCUAUUUUUAGCUCUCCUUCAAAGUCACGGGCAUCCCCCAACCCCUAAAAAAACCCCAUAAAAAUAGUAACACCAGUGCAUGCGUAAAGAGCACCACUUUUCAAACCAUUUCAAGAAUGUUAUUGAAUGUAUUAUGCGGGUGUUGGUGACUUGCAAAGUUGAAUGAAAAAGAAUGCAGUAGACAAACAUACCUGCUGUUUUCAAUGGAUGAAAGAAAACAAUUAAUCUGAACCUGUGACAAUUCCAAUCAUAAAAUGAAAUAUAUAAAUAGGAUUCGAAGGAAACGAGCUAACAGACAGCUGAGGCAGUGGCGUGAGAGACUGGACUGGGUCCUCGGUUGGGCCAACGAGAGACGUCCCCCAGUACCCACUUAGCACACUGGCGCCUGCUGCCGUACGCAGAAGACCUGAGUUCGAUUCAUGUGUGGAAGAAAUGUUUAUGGAGCACGUCGGUCUUUCUGUUGGAGGUAUAUACCCCUCUCACCCCGGGUUGGCCCUCACAGGCAGGUUUGAAGCCCGCCUCCUAAAAGAUCUGAAAUGUGUCGGUGGAUGCGUAAAAGCACCACUAAACGCAAAAGUAUGGGGGGGGGGGGGGGGCAUUGUAAACAAAAAAGGUUGCCACCGAGGUAGAUACUACCAUAGUGGUUAAGGGUUUGGGGAGGUUGGGAAAGGAGGGGGUCUUAGAAUCUUCUACUGUGUUAUGAUUUCCUGCCAUUAUUGUUUUGUAAAGUGUUACUGUGAUGAUUUGCUUUGUGAUCACCUCAGUGCUGUGAGAGGGGCUGUGGCACACGAGUGCCGAGUCAUGGGCUCCCUAUAAACAUGAUACCGCUUUCAGCUUUGCUGUUGUAGGCCUACUAUGCAGACUUAAUUGGUUUUCCUAUGGAUUUUGUACCUGGCAAUUUUAUUAUGACAAUGCAAUUUCAUUCUCAUCAACAACGCGUGUUUCUCAUCUUGUAUUGAUAUCGUGUUUUAUUAAACAUCCGCGGCUAUGAAAAUAAGAAGGAGCGAGAGAGAGAGAGAGGGGGGGGGGGGGGGGGGGGGACGCGGUGACAUGAUGAUUUGUUCUUAUUUUGUUGGUUGGGGUUGUGGAUGCUUUUAAAGAAAUAAAUGAAAGUUGAACGGAUUAUGAAUAUCACGAGAGACGUGAGAGAGAGAGAGAGAGAGAGAGAGAGAGAGA